AUGGAGACGACGAAUGUGAGAUUACAGAGUAAUCGUGAGCGAAAUGCUGUUGUUAGAGAAAAUGAGAGUAUGGAGACGAGGAAUGUGAGAUUACAGAGUAAUCGUGAGCGAAAUGCUGACGUGAGAGCAAAUAAGAGUAUAGAGCGAAGGAAUGUGAGAUUAGAAAGUAAUCGUGAGCUAAAUGCUAACAUUAGAGCAAAUGAGAGUAUAGAGCGAAGGAAUGUGAGACUAGAGAGUGAUCGUGAACGAAAUGCUGAAGUUAGAGCAAAUGAAAGUUCGGAGACGAGGAAUGUGAGAUUAAAGAAUAUUCGUAAGAGAAAUGCUGUUGUUAGAGAAAAUGAGAGUAUGGAGACGAGGAAUGUGAGAUUACAGAGCAAUCGUGAGCGAAAUGCUGUUGUUAGAGAAAAUGAGAGUAUGGAGACGAGGAAUGUGAGAUUACAGAGUAAUCGUGAGCGAAAUGCUGACGUUAGAGCAAAUGAGAGUAUGGAGACGACGAAUGUGAGAUUACAGAGCAAUCGUGAGCGAAAUGCUGAUGUUAGAGCAAAUGAAAGUACAGAGACGAGGAAUGUGAGACUAGAGAGUAAUCGAGAGCGAAAUGCUGUUGUUAGAGAAAAUGAGAGUAUGGAGACGAGGAAUGUGAGACUAGAGAGUAAUCGAGAACGAAAUGCUAAUGUUAGAGCUGAAGAAACUUUAUAUGAAAAAGAAUCUAGGUUGGCCAGAAAUAGAAAUAGACAUCAGAUUUAUAAUAAUUUGAAUGUAAAUCGAUUAUCGGAGCAGACUACACGAAUUCGAGAAAUAAGACAGAGAGAAAGUAUUGAAGAGACUGCUGUCAGACAACGACUUGACAGAGAAAGACCACAUGUUAUUUACGAUUUAGAGCCAGACAUUGUCAGAGUACACAGACUUAACGAAGAACGACUAAGACAUGCUAAUAGAGUUUUGAGAAAAUGGCAGGAAAAGGUUAAUAGUGGAUUUUCUUAUAAUCCACUAAUUGAGUAUUCACAAGCUGCUAAUAUAGGAAAUAUGGAUAAUGUCUGUAAUCAUUGUCGUGCCUUAAGAUGGACAAAUGAAUCUAAGGGAAUUUGUUGUUCCUCGAGAAAAAUUUCACUACCUCCUAUAUUAGAAGCACCUGAACCACUCAGAUCAUUACUUGAUGGUCAUCAUUAUAAAUCUAAAUCUUUUCUAAGAAAUAUAAGAUCAUAUAACAGUGCCUUUCAAAUGACCUCAUUUGGAGGUAAUGAAAUUUAUGAACCUGGUUUUAGACCUACCUUUCGCAUACAAGGUCAAGUAUAUCAUCUGAUCGGUUCUCUUUUGCCGCCUUCUAACCAGCCUUCCUCAUAUUUACAAAUUUAUUUUAUUUCUGAUGCUCAAGAGCAGGUUCAAAGAAGAAUGUCUGUUUUUAGUGACCUUGACUUUGAGAUACUAAAUCAAUUGCAAGAUUUACUCCAUGAAAAUAAUAAUUUAAUUCGCAGUUUUAAGAAUGCUUUACAAAUCUUACCCUCCGACGCAGAAAAUUAUCGAUUAAUGAUUAAGACUGAUCGACAACCUGCAGGGGAGCAUCGUGGAAGAUAUCUCGCGCCAUCUGUAAGUGAGGUUGCAGUAAUCAUGGUGGGAGAACCAAGUGACGCCAGAGAUAUUGUCUUACAGAAAAAGACCGGUGGCUUGCUCAGAAUAUGUGAGACUCAUCGGUCUUACCAUGCUCUCCAGUAUCCAUUGAUGUUUUGUUGUGGUGAAGAUGGAUAUAAUUUUCUGAAUCGACAUAUAGAUCCUAUGACAGGACAAUUUACUAACAAAAAAAUUUGCGCAUUAGAGUUUUAUGCAUAUCGUUUAAUGGUCAGACAAAACGAACCUAAUCAAUUGCAUCAAUUUAGGCAACUGUUUAAUCAGUUCCUGGUAGACAUGUAUGCCAAAAUUAAAAGCGAAAGAUUACUUUACAUUAGAUUGCAUCAAAAACAACUAAGAGCAGAAAAUUAUAUACAUCUUCAAGAUGCAAUGAGAAGAGAUGAAAAUAUUGAAGUUUUAGGUCAGGUAGUGAUUUUGCCUUCAAGCUUUACCGGUGGUCCAAGAUAUAUGCAUUCGCGCACACAAGACGCAUUUUCUUACGUUAGAAAAUUUGGUCGUCCAGAUCUUUUCAUUACAAUCACUACCAAUCCAAAAUGGAAUGAAAUUACUUCUCUUUUGACAAACGAUCAGUCUGCACAGGAUCGCCACGAUGUCAUUUCCAGAGUAUUUCAUUUAAAGUUAAAAUGCUUAAUAGCCGUUUUGAAAAAAGGUAAAAUUUUUGGAGCUGUGCGCUGUUUUACUUAUUCUGUGGAAUGGCAAAAGCGUGGCCUUCCUCAUGCUCACAUAUUAUUAUGGUUGGAAGAACAAUUACGGUCAAAUCAGGUAAACGAAAUUAUAAGUGCAGAAAUUCCUAAUCCAGUUGACGACAAAGAUCUUUACGAUUUGGUAAAGAGUCACAUGGUUCACGGGCCAUGUGGUGCUUUCAACAUGCAAAGUACGUGCAUGAAAAAUGGUCGAUGCACUUAA